CGGUGGGCGCCGCGGUCGGGGCGGGGCGCGGCGCGCGGCAGCAUGGAGGAGCUAAGCAGCGUGGGCGAGCAAGUCUUCGCCGCCGAGUGCAUCCUGAGCAAGCGGCUACGCAAGGGCAAGCUGGAGUACCUGGUCAAGUGGCGCGGCUGGUCCUCCAAACACAACAGCUGGGAGCCAGAGGAAAAUAUCCUGGACCCGAGGCUGCUCCUGGCCUUCCAGAAGAAGGAACAUGAGAAGGAGGCGCAGAACCGGAAGAGAGGCAAGCGGCCCAGGGGCCGGCCGCGGAAGCACACCGUGAUGUCCUCCUGUAGCCGCCACUCCAAGCUCAAGGAACCCGAUGCCCCCUCCAAAUCCAAAUCCAGCAGCUCUUCCUCCUCCUCCACAUCCUCCUCCUCUUCCUCAGAUGAAGAAGAUGACAGUGACCUAGAUGCCAAGAGGGGCCCCCGGGGCCGUGAGACUCAUCCAGUGCCUCAGAAGAAGGCCCAGAUCCUGGUAGCCAAGCCUGAACUGAAGGAUCCCAUCCGAAAGAAGCGGGGCCGCAAGCCCCUGCCCCCAGAGCAGAAGGCGGCCCGGAGACCCGUGAGCCUCGCCAAGGUGCUAAAAACGGCCCGGAAGGACCUCGGGCCACCGGCCAGCAAGCUGCCCCCUCCACUCAGUGCUCCCGUGGCCGGCCUGGCAGCCCUGAAGGCCCACGCCAAGGAAGCAUGCAGUGGCCCCAGCUCCAUGGCCACCCCAGAGAACCUGGCCAGCCUGAUGAAGGGCAUGGCUGGCAGCUCCAGCCGAGGCGGCAUCAGUUGGCAGAGCUCCAUCAUGCACUACAUGAACCGGAUGAGCCAGAGCCAGGCCCAGGCUGCUGGCAGACUGGCUCUCAGGGCCCCAACCCCUGGCAAGUGCAGCCUAGGGCUGGACCUCAAGGUGAGGACGCAGAAGGGGGAGCUGGGGAUAAGCCCCCCAGGAGGCAAAGGCCCAAAGGCCCCUAGCAGCGGGGCUGUGGAGCAGAAAGCAGGGAGCACAGGAGGGCCCUCGCAUGUCCACAGCAGCAGCAAGGUCCCUGCCGGGUGCCUGGGCUCCCAGCCUCCACCCACCCAGGAGCUGAGCCUCCAGGUCUUGGACUUACAGAGUGUUAAGAAUGGCACGCCAGGGGUGGGCCUGGUCGCCCGCCACACCACAGCCACCAAAGGUGUCCCUGCCACCAACCCCGCCACUGGGAAGAGUGCAGGGGGUGGCCCCACUGGGGGGAGCGGGGCUGGCCUGCCCACCGAUGCCAGCAAGAGUGAGAAGCUGACUUCCAGGGCGGCAGCCCUGCCCACCCCUGCAGGCAAGAGGGACUGUGCCAAGGGCAGCACGGCCCCUGGGCAGGAGGGCCACCCGGCCUCGGGGGAAGCCCGCAAGACGGCUGCGCUGUCCGAGAUGAGCACCGGUGAGGAGAACAGCAGCUCUGACUCGGACCCCGACUCGGGCUCACUGCCCAGCGCCGGGCAGAACCUGUCUGUAUCCGUCCAGACCAGCCAGGACUGGAAGCCUCCCCGCAGCCUCAUCGAGCACGUCUUCGUCACCGACGUCACUGCCAACCUCAUCACAGUCACCGUGAAGGAGUCUCCCACCAGCGUGGGCUUCUUCAGCCUGAGGCAUUACUGACACUGCCCAGGUGUCACCUGCCCUUCUCUGGUCUCUGGCUUUGCUUUGGUAUGUGGUCCACGUCUCAAACCCGCUCCGGGAGCCAGUGGCCUCCUUCAAAGACAGGCUCGGCUGGGAACUCCCCCCAGCCAGCCCCGCCUGUGACUUCGGUUGGGGAGGCACCAGGAUGCCGUGGUGCCCGGCCUCCCCUUUGUUCCUACCUCUGGGCCUUCGCUCUGCUCCCCACUCACCGAGGAGGUCCAGCUGGCUUCCUGUGGCUCAGCAAAAUGUUUCUCAAGAGCGUCCUGUGAUUAAGCCCGGCUGCUUCACUGUUGGGACUGCCUCCGUGGCCUGUGAUGACAGAAUGGUGGUCGCCUUCCCUCCUGAUCUCUGGGGGCACAGGUGUCCAGCUUAGCUGUUCCUGCCCAAUGGUGGGGCUGGCAGGCCGCUCUGGAGAGGGCGGGGGGAGUGGGGCCUUGCUGGUCAGAACCCCCCACCCCCGUUAGAGCAGAGCCUGAGCUGGCGAGGACGAGGCGGACCUUUCGCCUCACUGUCCCCAUCCCUGCCCCAGAUAAAUGAGGGCCAGGGCCUGAAUGUAGGGGGACACGUGCUGGCAGUUGGGAUCACCAACCCUCAAGAGGUUGGUUUUGGUGCCACCUAACCCUGGUUCGGGUUCACAACUGCAGCCCCCAAAUGUUGACCCAGAGGUCCACUGUGGGUGGGGAGGUUUUCUCCUGAAGAGCCUCUGAGUGCUGGGGACAGAAGGAGAGGGUGUCACUGCUGCCCUCCUUCCUGCCAGCCUGUGUGGUGUAAGGACUGCCUUCAUCCUAAUGACCCUGCAAGCUGCUCCAGAUCCCCUGGGAGGCGGACAGUUGCUAAGAAGGAUGUCUCCCUCCACCUCCUACGACCAGCGUGGUGCCUCCCACUGUCCCGCCCACCUUCCCUACCUCUGGGGGCUCCGUGGUCUUUCCUAGCCGAGAAGCUGUAGCCCUGUACCACUUGGGAAAUGGGACAGUCUGAGGGGGCCCCUGGAAAGGCUGGAUCUGCCAGCCCGGCUGCCUCCCCACAGCUGGCUGAGUCCAGGAGCUGCCUUGUGUGGUUCCUGACCAACAUCAGAAUUGCCGUGAGUGGCUCGGGCAGAGAGAUGCGGCGGCGGGCAGAGUCACUGGUCUUUGUGAUGCCAAAAAGAAAAGCGGGAGUGCGGGGGACUUGACUUGGGCUUCGACUAUCGGUUACAUCAGAUGCGGGGCCUUCUGUUGCCCCCGUAGCCCGCGUGCAGGGGAGAAUCCAGCUUUCAUGGUGGGCUCUGGUGUCUGAGGGUGGCCUGCCAGACCUCCAGUUCCUCCAGUCCCAUACCCUCUACACCAAAUACCCCAAGAUGGCUUUUGUGUAGCCAAAUUGAUUUCAACAGUGUGCCUUUGGGAACAGACCCACCUCCAGGACCUCACUGGGGGACAUUCACAUGCAGCUUCUGAGCCUUGCACCUGGCAGCUGUACUGGCUGCCGCAGGAGUGGUGCCCACCGUGGCAGGGCUGGGGGCCCAGGGGGAAACUGCACAGUGGGCAGUUAAGAGGGAGAAUGCCCCUUCGGCUGCCCCAGCAGGAGGUGGAGAGAUGCCAGCUCACUGCAGUCUGGAAGGAAGGGGUGCCAGCACACUGGGCCCCAGCACCAGCCUCCCCUUCUGUACCCAGAUGCUCUGGCUUUGUGACAAAAGGGGCUCUCCUGGGCUGCGUCCCCCACAGAGAAGCUCAUGACCUCCAAGUUUCGCUGCCUUAGAGGCUGCAGAGCCAGGCUAAUAGCAGCCCUCCCCCCUCCAAGCCCUCAGGGUGCCCCUGCUCUGGGCCGACCCGACAGCCCCAGCAGCCAGGUCUCCAAACCCCAAUUAGGUGCCUUUCUGUUUACCAGCUACUUCAAUCCCAAAGUUUGAAUCGUGAACACCUUACUCCCAGCCACUUUGCCUUCUUGCUGUGUUGUGUGUAUUUCUUGGUGCUUGUGACCCCAAGUGGUUCAUGUUUAAAAAGGGUUUGUGUGUGUGUAUGUGUGGGCACACAUGUACAGGCGUGACAGCCUUCGCUGAAGAGUUGGUCGUCAUGUUUACCAGUAAAUAAAAGUAGUGCUUUUUAA